AUGGUUGAAUCAACCUCACUGGGCCUCCCUUCCCUGGCUCAUCGUGCCGUUGUUCGCAGGCCAUGUGAGCUCCGGUCAGCACCACUAGGCCCCACCCCAGCCACGUUCCAGCUGCUGGGCAUCCCCGGGUUGGAAGCCGCUCACCUCUGGAUCUCGGUGCCCGUGUGCACCAUGUACGUGGUGAUCAUCGUCGGGAACUGCACCAUUCUCCUCGUCGUGGCCACGGAGCCGGCCCUGCACCGGCCCAUGUGCUACUUCGACCUGGGCGCCACCACCUGCACCCUGCCCAAACUGCUCUGCAUCUUCUGGUUUCAGGCCCGGGAGAUCGACGCCGGGGCCUGCCUGGCCCAGAUGUUCUUCAUUCACUCCCUUUCCAUGAUGGAGUCGGCCGUGCUGCUGGCCAUGGCCCUGGAUCGCUACGUGGCCAUCUGUGCUCCCUUGCGGUACAGCGCCGUCUUCACCAGCCCGCUGGUCGCCAAGUUGUGCGUGGCCGCCGUGGCCCGGGGGACUCUACUCAUGAGCCCCUGCCCCUUUCUGGUGAAGAGGCUGUCCUUCUGCCGGACCAGCGUCAUCCCGCACACGUACUGCGAGCACAUGGCGGUGGUGAAGCUGGCCUGUGGAGACACAAGCGUGAAUCAGGCCUAUGGCCUUAGCGCCGCCUUGCUGGUCAUCGGCGGGGACCUGCUGUUCAUCGGUCUGUCCUAUGUUCUGAUUGUCCGGGCCGUCCUGCGCCUCUCGUCCCGGCAAGCCCGGCUCAAGGCGUUUGGGACCUGCAGCUCCCACGUCUGUGUCAUCCUGAUCUCCUACAGCCCCGCCCUCUUCUCCUUCUUCACCCACCGCUUCGGCCAGCGCGUGGCUCCCCACAUCCACAUCAUCCUGGCCAACCUCUACCUCCUCUUCCCGCCCAUGCUCAACCCCAUUGUGUAUGGGGUGAGGACCAGGGAGAUCCGGGAGCGGGUGCUCAGGGUGAUCCUGCGGGGUGCAGGUACCUCCAAACCUAGGCCCAACUGGGGCUCCCUCCUCCAAAAGCCACCCAGCCAGCUCUCCCCAGCAGAGCUUCCUUUGCACUUAGUGUCCCCUCCCGCGGGCCUCAUCUCAGCAUCUGUAAAGCAACAAUCUCCUACAGCUCCCUGCUAG